ACAAUAAAUAAAAUCAGUGAAUACGAUACGAAGUGAUGCGCCGUUAUGCGUUGCCUGUAUAUUGUGAUCAAUUGAUAACGAAGUCAGGUUAAAGCAAUUUUCAAAUAUUUUUUUAAUAAAGUUGGAAAUAACCAUGAAUGGAUGAUAUAUGAUUAUGUGGACUUAUAGGCUGAUAAAUUAUUAUGUAGACUUACUCUUAGACUUUUUUGCAUUUUUUUAAGGGGGAAAAAUCAUCAAAAGACUUCUCCCGCCUGGGUGAGGUGGGAAGGAGUGUCAGACUCUUACUGACUAAAAACCACCCCGUUCCUUCUCCUGCACUUCGAGCCGGAGCCACGGUAACCCGUUA